GAUUGACUAACGUAACGUAAGAAAAAAAUAUUAAUUAAAUAGAUAGUACAAUAAUGCUUACAAUCUCAAUAUUGUCAUUAAUAGCUAGUAGGAUAAAAUGGCGAUAUACGCGUAUGGAUAAAUUUUUUGUCACGUGCCAAUUUUUUUGUAAAAAUACACCGUCAGAUGAUGUGAGUGCGCCAUAAUCUAUGAUAACGUGCAUGUGAAAAUUACACACUUGGGAAAGACAAGUUAGAACUGUCUCGUCGCAAAGUGAAAAUCUCAAUUAAUUGCAAUUAUCCGUGAAAAUUGCUGCCGGAGGGACAUAUCGUAAUGAAGAAACACUUUAUAUUCUCGCUUACUGAAUCGCGAAAGGUAGCGAUUGUGUGAUAAUUAUGCACGAUAAAACUGUCGAUCGGUUAUGGUGAUACAGGACUUUCCUUUAACAGAUCGAAUCGAUGUAAUAUCCUCUAGAUAUUGAUCGAGGGUUUUUAUCUUUGAACAUUUUUCACACGAUAUUCCCUCGCCAAUCCUCGAUCAUCUCCAGUAAUGCAUUAGCGCCCAGAUUGAACUUUUGCGAAAAAUUCCGAUUCAUAAGUCGCGCAAAAGCUGUGGAAAUCGAAGCUGCUGUAAGAAAAAGAGAGGGAGGUAGUGAAGAAGAAAGAUCCCGAUAUAUACGGUAUAGCUCGUACGCAAAAGAAAAAGGAAGAAAAAAAUACUUCACGCCUGGUCUAAUCUCAGCGUCGAAAACAGAUCACCGACAAAUCGAUUUGUGGUUCCGAGUGAACGUGUUUAUCACUGGUAAAAAAAAACAAAUGCUGCAAAGUUGCAAGCGGAAAUUAAGUCGAUUGCAGGGAUGUUGAGAGACUGUUAAGCACUCUGGAUCCAUUAGGAGAUACGAUCUAUCAAGACCUACGGAUUAGAUCAGAGAAAUGUAAGAUUGUGUGACAAUUUUUCUCUCUCUCUCUUGAAGAUGCUAUUCGUCACUAGGAUCUAUUAAGCAUUGUAGAGUAAGAAGAAAGAAGAAACUCUCAGCAUUUUGCGAAGAUGUUACAGAGCUAUCUACGCAGACUCUAUAGGAAUUCGGGAAGAACGUAAGAAUUAUCUUCAGCAAUCUUAUAAAAUUUUCGCGUUGUUAGUGAUUAUUAGAAACAUAUAUUGUGUAAAUAUACGAUUGUUCAAAAAAUCAUAAUCAAAUUGUAAUAAUGAAAUAUCACGUUGGUCUCGCGAAAUAUCGUAGUAUAGGGGUAAACGUUCCCGGGAGAUGGAGAACUACAUUAUUCGGAGAUGUGCUGAUGUUAAAUUAAUCUCAAGAAAUAACAAUAUAUAUAAUUGCGCGCGCUAAAACUUUGAAAUAACGAUGUCACAUUAUUGCGAGCGAUCAUCGCUACGAAUCCCCGCGUAAUAAGCGGACGAUAAUAAUUCGCCGUCGUUGGAAAUGUCAGGAUCAAAUUCAAGAAUCGGGUUCGCAGAAACGUAUCGUCGCGAGCGGAUGUAACAAAAGCAGCGACAGCAGCAAGUUAGCAAGCGGAAAGAUGCGCGGCUGAAGAUGAGUGCGUCAGGUUAUUGGUGCGCGCUCAUCCUGCUCACGUUCACGCAAGAUUCCCUCGGCAACCACUACGAGAAGCUCCUCCAGAUCGAGAAGCCGAAGGGGUAUCUGCGGCAUCAGCAGAACCACCGCACGUCGUCCUUCGUCGACCGCAAGCUCGUCGACGCCGCGGAAUUCCGUGCCGUUGAGAUCCUCUCGAAGCUGGAGGGUCCCUCAGCGAUUCGCUCGAUCGCGGAAAUCGCUCGCGCGGACGAGGAGGGAGAGAGUCGGUCGGAAAGUAGUCGGCCGGAAAUCCGUCCGAUAAUCGGGCGAGAAAUCGGAUCCUCCGGGAGGAUGUGCUGCGAACAUUCUCGCGCGACGGAGAAACGACUCGCUGUGGGGACUCGCUCGGCGGAAAUGCGUUCGCAAACGAUGGAAGAGCGAAGUCGUUCCGCGAAGGAAAUUCUACCGAUGAUGGAGAUCGAGUUGGCGGAAGCGUCGUCGAACGUCGAGAGAUCGCAGAUCCGGCACGGAAGAUCGAGAAGUCAUUUCGCGCGGCAGAAACUCGCGGAGGAUCCUGCGUUGAACGCGGAAGCGGCGAAUAGGAUGAAGAGCAGCGUUCGCGUGGAUCGCGAGAAUCACUUGAAGAUGCGUCAGGUGGAAAAAGUAAGUGACUUCCCGGAAACAUCGAUUUCGCUGAAGCAUAAUCAUUCUUGGCUUCUUCAGCGAAAUUUCUCAAAGGAUAACUCGGCCAACAGCCAAUCCUUCGAUAAAAUCGAGGAUAAUGUUCCGGAGGGACCGGAAAGUUUGCUCAAGCUAUACCAGGCAAGGCAGGGAAGUGGGCCGGAGGAAAGUUCCGCCAUUCCUCUCACGCGUAAUCUUUCUCGGCUGCUCGAGCAAAAUUUCUCCAAGGAUAACUCGAGGAGCGGAUUCGCGGAUCAGCUCGAGGACGAAACAUGGAGAAAUUCGAAAUUUGAUACGCUUAGGGCGCGCCAUUCGGAGAAUCACGGCGUUAUGCGAGCGAGUCCCGAUCCCCUGAAGAGUCUCCUCAAAGACGAUCCCUUCAGCAAAUUGAGGAAAGCGAUGUUCCUGAAUAAAACCAUCGUAUCGACAGCCGCGAUUGAUCGCAACACGACCGAAACGCUCGGCAUCGAUACGGCCGAAGCGACGAACACCGGCGAAACUAUCCGGGAUCUCGAGGAAGAGGAGGAGGAGGUUCUUCAGGAUGUAGUGGUGGAUUAUUCGGGUUACGAGGAAUCGGCGAAUAUCUCUUUCCUCGAUCGUUCAACCCGCAGAAGACCGCAGGCCACCCAGGUCGACAUCGUCACGCGUUUCUUGCGGAUAAUCGAGAACCAGCAUACAUUGGGCGACAAUUGCACCGCCGGCACGGAUUUAAAUCUCGGCGAGGGCGUCGUCGACCAGUACGCGCAAGAGAGAUUUCGCCUCGAGGCGGAAUUUGCCGUAAAUCGCGCCAACAUGCUCACCCGCCUUUGGAAGUACGCCCCGGAAGUGAUGCUGUCAUCCGAGUAUCUUUUACACGCCAGCGUCCUCUCGAUGGUGGAAUUCGACGAGGACAUCUUCGCCGCCGGCAAUUGCUACGACAAACUGCAGUAUCGGAACCGUUGGCUCUAUUGUCCUUUUGCCCAUAGGCUGACCAAUCAGGAUGGUAUCCUGGUGAAGGAUCUUGCGAUCCAAUACAAGUACUUGAGCAACAGCAGCGAGUGGUUCUACAUCGCCAGGAAGAACGCCGAGAGGGUGAUCGCCAGUUUUGAGCAAUUUAGUCGAGGAUUCCACACCUAUACGUUCAACGAGAGCGUGCACACGGAAAGGGAGGAGGACGAAAUCCUGACAGUGAAAUACGAGGAUGGCAGGUGGUCGAAACCGUAUUACGACUGCGGAGGUGGUAAUAUCUGGAUGCUGACCUACACAGUACCCUUCUUCGGAUAUGUCAACGACACCUACUUCUUUAAGGGCACCAGCGGCAUCGACAUAGACCUUCGGCGGGUAGACAUAGAUCAGUGCCCGUUGCCGGUUGGAUCCACGCAGCUCAACAUAUUCGCCGCCAGCGACAAGUGCAAAAAGCGCACCACCGAGUGCAUCGCCAUUCCCGGACUUGGUUUUCGCCGAGGUAGUUAUCGAUGCGUUUGCAAACGAGGCUUCUACUAUCCGGACACGAAAUCGGACAAGAGGUACUAUAAUGGCACUGUCAUAGAGGAAGAGUACGAGAAAUUGAUGAUGGGCGAGAAGAACCAAUAUGCCGAGAGCGGAGUGUUCGAAUGUCUGCCGUGCGCCGAAGGAUGCGAGUCCUGCGAGGACGGUUCGCCUUGCGUCGUAUCCCUGAACUGGUUGAUGCGAACGGCGAUACUUAUCCUGGAGUGCUGCAUCAUCGCCUGCCUGCCAGCCGUCGUUCUUUUCACAUGGAAAUAUGGGCACGUGAAGGUGGUGCGGGCGGCCAGCCCGGUUUUGUUGCGCGUGAUCGUUCUGGGCGCCUUCUUCAUCUACUGCACGACCAUAGUCAUGUACCCCAGGCCAAACAUCUACACGUGCACCGUGCGCGUAUGGCUGCGAGAAAUUGGCUUUUCUCUCACAUACGGGGCACUAAUGCUCAAAACGUGGCGGAUAUCCGUGAUCUUCCGAGUAAAGUCGGCGAAGGCCGUGAAAAUCACGGACGCGAGUCUGCUGAAGCGUCUCGGUAUCAUCGUCCUGACGUUCAGCGUGUUCCUGAGCAUAAGGACCCUGGUCGCGCCGCCCGUUGUCAUCGUCGCGAGGACCGCCGACGAUCUCAAAGCGUAUCUCUGCCGAACUGAUUGGUGGGACCACAGUUUCACUACUCUCGAGGUGAUGUUCCUCGUGUGGGGCAUCCGCCUGUGCAUCGUAGUAAGAAAAACUCCGUCGGAGUUUAACGAGAGUCGAUUCAUUUCAAUGGCGAUUUACAACGAAUUUCUACUAUCAGUCUUCCUCAACGUUUCAAUGUUGUUCCUGCAAUCGCCGGCCAAUCCGGAUUUAUUGUACAUCAUAUUUUUCUGCCAUACCCAGCUUACCGUCACGUUGCUGCUGUGCCUGAUAUUCGGCAGUAAAGCUUACGUGGUGUUUCGCGGCGGAGGGAAGGAAGAGACGAUCGGCAAACUUUGCGGCGCGACCGGCAAAUUCCUGGGGAAGAGCAGUCGUCCGCAGGGCACCAGUAACCAGACCAACUCGAUAUCGCUUCAGCAGGGUAAUUUCGCCGAAGAGAGCGACUCCGCCACGGACGAAUUUCGCCGUUUGCUCAACCAGUUAGAAGUCCUGAAGGAGAAGAACAUUUUAUUAGGAAAUCAGGAGCUAGUAAGCAAGCUAGCGGCCAUGCUGGAUGCUUCGAAUCGUAUCGAGGCUCAAGUAUCCACCAUUCAAGCCAUCUCGACUAGCAUCAUUCAAUCGAACGAUCUCGACAAAUCGACGAAGGAAACUAACCUUGGACAAGUUUGCCAGGAGCAGGAUCGAUCAGGAAACGGUUUUCAGGAUGAGAAUCGAUGUCGCGCGUGCAUUGAGAAAAAUGGACUCGGGAGGAAGGAUACGCAAGAUCCGUCGAAGGAUAAUGAGAUGUCAGAAUCGAAGAAAAUCGACAAAGACAUCGGCGUGUCGACAUCCUCGAAGCAUGUCACCGAGGAGGUCGACAGGGAAGCGUGUCACGGGAAGGAUAGUAAAGAGGCCGACUUAAAGGACAAAUCCAGGAGCAAAUCCGGCCACGCCAGAACACACGCCAUAGUUAUCAACCUCGACGACAAAAGCAGAUUUUCCGAAGAAGUUACCGUGUAACUCCUGAUGGUUAUUCUUGCGGAAGAUGCAAGCCCACAUACGAAUAGGAAGAUGAUGAGAACAAUUGCAAGUUCCAUUUCCCGAUUUCGCGGGAAUUGAACAUUCGUCGCCUUGCAAAAUGCAUUCUCAUCAAUUUUCUGAAAUUCCCCUAUCUCUCGCGCGAGGAUGUCAACAACUGUGAAUAUUAUUCGCGGAGUUUGCGGAGAGAUCCGUCUCUCUCUCUUUCUCCCUCUCUUCUGCACGUCGUUCUCCAACCGGGUCCGGGAGUUCUCCAGUUAGUUCCGGCGCGAUUCGAUUAUCAUUCCUCGCUCGCGGGAACGCGGCGACGGCGAUAAGCCUCGUGUACGUACGGGUGAGAACGGGAGAGAUCUCCCUGGAUUUUCCUCGAAGGGACGAAGAGGGCGAAGGGUAUCAGUCGCGUUACCAGAGAGCGGAUUGCGAAUCGAGGAAAACGGAUGACGGAGCGGGGUGGACGACGGGGGAUGGCUUUAAUAUCCUGGGUUUUGGUCGGAGUCUGAUAUUGAUACGCGAGCGAGCGAUCGUCGUCGACGCGUGAGCAUAGCGAGAGAUGAGAGCGCGCGGUAAUUCCGGAGGUCGGCGGGAUUCGUGAAGCCGCGCGAUAUCACAAUGCGAUCCUUUGAAGUGUUCGACCCACGGAAUGAAUGUGUUCAACGCGAUACCGGAUGCUGGAGGGCGCGCAGGCUCACGUGCGCAAAUACACGUAAAUUUCUGAUAUCUCUUACACAGAUGAUAUGACAUCUCGGGAAGGGCGCGCAGCGUUGUGCUUAGUUAGAUGAUUUUGAAAUUAGCUGAAUAAAGAUG